AUUAUUUUUUUAAGAAUCUUGAUCUUACCCUUUUAAGAUAACUAACUAUUUUGAUCAUCUUUUGAUUCGUAGUUAAGCUGUUUAUGUAAAGUUUAUAAUUUUAUAUAUAUACAAAAUGGGGGGUGAUCUAUUUAGGAAGUAUGUUAGUAGUUCAGUUCUUAUGUGCUGUAGAUUAGUAGCUAAACAUCCAUUUGUUGUUGGCUUGUUUAUUGUUUUGUUUUGCCUAUAUCGGUUGUUUCCUAUGUUGUUUUCUGUUUUAGUAUCUGUUUCGCCUGUUGUUGUAUCCACUUUUGUUUUGCUUGGUACUUUGUUAAGUUUUGGUCAGCCUAAUGUGCCCGAAAUUGAAAAAGAGCAUAGGAAUGAUCGGUAUGAGAGUCGGGUAUCAGAAAGUAAGGUUUUGAGUGAUAGUGAGAUUGUUGGGAGAGAUGCAAGUUUUGGUUAUGAGGAGGAAAGUAAUGUGAGUAGAAAUGAGGUGGUUGUUGAGGAGAAGUCGUUUGAGGUAAAAACGUCGGUUAUUGAUGAUGAGAUUGAUAAUUCUUGUGUUGUAGGUGAUAGGAAUGUUAGUUUGGUUGAUAAUGUAUUACUUCAAAAACAACGUGAAUUAGACGAAGAGAAGAAAGUAGUAUUGGGAAGUCGUUAUUCUCCCCUUAAGCAAUCCGAGGAUGAACAUGAACACGAAAAUGAACAUGAACAUAUUGUGUUGGAAAGUGAUGAUAAGUUAUGGGAGGGAUCACCUGAUCCGUUGAAUACUAAUGCCGGGUUGUUGUGGAAACGUGUGGAAGGGGGUGAUGAUGAUGAUGAGGAUGAUGAUGAUGAUGAUGAUGAUGAUGAUGAAGGAUCAGACUCGGGAUCUGAUCUUGCAGAAAGUUCAUCACCAGAUGCAUCAAUGGCUGAUAUAAUUCCGAUGCUGGAUGAGCUCCAUCCGCUACUUUCCGAAGAACAUGAAGCUCGUGAAGUGCCUCACAUGUCACGUGAUGGGAUUGAUGCUGUUUCCGAUCAUUCACUUGAAUCAAGUGACACCUGUACUGAGUCUAAUGACGAUGAUGAUGGAGGUGGUAUUGAAAACGUUGAAGGUGGAGAUGUCAGAAAUGAUGAAGAAGAUAAAGAUAAAGAAUUGAAGCACAUUGACAAAGAAGAUGAGACGAGAUCUGCUAUUCUAUGGACAGAAUAUGACCAAAAGAAUCUCAUGAACUUAGGAACAUCAGAAAUGGAGAGAAACCGACGUUUGGAGAAUCUUAUUGCAAGAAGAAGGGCACGAAAGACCAUGAGGAUGCAAGCUGAAAAGAAUUUGAUAGAUUUUGAAAGUACUGACCUUCCAUGGGAUAUUCCUCCAAUUUCAACUGCAAGAAUCAAUCCUUUCGAUUACGAUUCAAAUGAUAACAUUCCAGGGUCUGCUCCUUCUGUUUUAUUAAAAAGAAGGAACCCGUUUGAUCUUCCAUACGAUUCAAGCGAAGAGAAACCUGAUUUAGUAGGAGAUACUUUCCAACAAGAAUUUGCAGUUGUUCAACCAAAUGAGCCGUUUUUCCGUAGGCAUGAAAGUUUCAAUGUUGGUCCUUCGGUUUUUGGGGCCUCUAGAAAUGAGAGGCAAGAACCUAAGCUCAGACCAUACUUUGUACCUGAACGAAGCUUUGCUGAUUUUCAAAGACAAUUUAGUGGACUUAGUGACUCUAAGGUUAGCUCUGUGCCUGAUACGGAGUCUGUGUCUUCUGUCGGUGAUAUUGAAAAUAGGGAUAAUAUUGAAGAUGAUUUUGCUCUAGAAGCAGAACAAGUUUCUGAAAAAGAUCAUGAAUGUGUAUCUGAUGAUGUUAGUCAUAUAAGACCAUAUUUUGUACCUGAACAUGUUGCUUCUGAUCAAACAAGUUUUUCUUCUUUUCAAAGACAAAUAAGUGAAGUUAGUGACUCUAAGGGAAGCUCUGUACCUGAUACAGAUUCCGUUUCUUCAGCUAGUGAUCCUGAAAAUAAGGAUCUUAAUGAAGAUGACCAUUCUUUAGAAGCGGAGCUGGUUUCUGUAGUAGAUCGUGAACAUGCUACUGAGAUAAGAGAGCAUGUAUCUGAGCAUGGCAAUCAGGAAAGUGGGUCUGAUGAAGAUGAUGUGGAAUCAGUUCAAGUUUUAAAAGCAGAUGAAGGACUUAAUGAGAGUGAAAUAAUUGUUAGGGGAGUGACAAAUGAACAAGAAAGAGCAUCAGGUUUUCUUGGAACUGAGAAUGCAGCCGGAAUUCAGUUGAAUAUGGGUGAUGAAGGAUCACAUAGCAGUGAGACAAGCCUGUCAUCAUCGGAUGAACCGAGUGAGCAAGUAUAUAAUGAGAAAGAAGAUGACAUGGCAGAAUCCGUUCCAAAAACAACUUAUUUUGUGGAUCGUGUUAACUCGAUGGAAAGGUCUGACAUUGAUAUCACUAGUUCAUCUCUGGAAGAGGGUCACCCAAAUGAACCUAUAUACGAUUUAAGUCCUCGAUCUGUUACAAGGAACCUCUCAUCUUCCUCAAUCUUAAAUGAUCUACAUAAAGAUGAAAGCUUUCAGUACACUGAGGACCAACAGCAGGCAUCAAGUCCUGUUGCAGAUGUCAAGUUGAAUUCUAAAGAUUCUAGUCCCGAAACUAGCAAUGCUCAAAAUCAACUUCUGACUGUGGAUAAUGAAGACUCUAUGUUGGCCGAUGAUAACGUUUCAACAUCCCUGCCAAGUAAGGCCCCUUUGGAGACGGAGAAUGUUUCAGAUAUAGAUGCAUCUCAGCAUUUAGACCAGGUUCAAGUUCUCUCGUCGAUUUCGCAUGCAAGAUCCCAUGAAGAGGUUAUAUCUCAAGUAAAUGAGGAGUCUUUGUUGGGUGGAUCCAUAACAGAGGAUCCUGAAGCACUGCAGCUCUCUUGGCAAGUUGGGUCUGCAAUUAGGCGUGCAUUUUACUUGAAACAUUGUAGUGCUAUAUCUUGCAACAAUCAUGUUAGCGCACAGCAGUCUUUUAAUAUAGAGGGCUGUGAACUUGAACAAGGACAAGUCGCCUCAUCAAAUAGUGAAUCAGUCCAUGGAGAAGCAUCUGAAAUCCCUCACCAAUAUGUAUCCGGAAAAGAAGCCCUGUCACAACAACAGAAAGAGUUCUUGUUAGAUACAUCUGUUGACAAACCAUUAGAAGAAACUCCUCAAAUACUGCAGGUGCAAAUUACGAACAGUAGCUCGGGAAAUUUGGAAGUCCAAGAGCUGGAGAACAGUGUUUCAUCAAACGUCAGCUUUGUUCCGAGUGCCGAACCUGAUGUGGUUGAAGUUGCUGACAUUGAAACUACAGCACCCGGAAGUCCCGUAUAUGCAAGUGACACUCUAAGUAUUGAAAAUAAUGUGCCUGAUGACUUCGCUGAUGUGGAUGAGGUUAAGGAGAUUGAUGAAGAUUUGCUAGUGGAACUGGAUACUGUUGGCGAUUUCAGUGUCAUGGAUUUGGGAACAACUUCAAAUGAAAUGAAAGAGGACCCACAUGUGUUGGAGCAUGAUCUUGAAACCAUGCCAGUUGCCGAUGAAGAAUCAAACUCCGAGGAUAUGGAAGCUAUUUUGGACGAAAUGAAACAGGACCCACAUGCCUCAGAGCAUGACAUUGAAACUCACAACUUUGUAGAUGAAGAUUCUUCCUCCGAAGAUUUAAGAUCAACAUUGUAUGGGAUGAAACAGGAUCCACAAGCCUCAGGUAAUGAUCUCGAAACCAAGAAUUCUGAAGGUGAAGAUUCUUACUCCAACGAUUUAGGAUUUACUUUUAACGAGAAGAAACAAGAGCCACAUGCUUCGGAUCUUGAUCUUGAAACCAAGAAUUCUGAUUCUAAGGAUUUUGAAUUACCUUUAGAUGAAACAAAUCAGGACCUGCAUGCUUCUGAGCAUUCUGAAAAUGGAGAUUCUGCCUACAAGGACUUAGAAUCAACAUUGGAUGAGAUGCAACAGGAGCCACAGGCUGCAGAUCAUGAUCUUGAAACCGAACCUACUAGAGAUGAAGGUACCGACUUCAAGAACUUAGCAUCAACAUUGGACGAGAUGCAACAGAGGCCACGGACCGCAGAUCAUGAUCUUGAAACUGAACCUUCUAGAGAUGAAGUUUCUGACUCCAAGGAUAUAGGAUCAACAUCGGACGAGAUGCAACAGGAGUCACUGGUCGCAGAUCAUGAUCUUGAAACUGAACCUUCUAGAGAUGAAGGUACUCAAUCCAUGAAUUUAGAAUCACCUCUGGAUGAGACUGAACCAGAUCCAUAUGCCUCCAAGCAUGAUCUUGAAACUAAUUGUUCUGUAGACGAAGAUUCCUACUCCAAGGAUUUAGAAUCUACUUUUAAUGAGAUUAGACGGGUCUCACAGGCCUCGGAGCAUCGUCUUGAUACGUUUUAUUCUGUAGAUGAAAACUUCUACUCCAAGCGUGUAGAAUCUAGUUUGAAUGAGAUGAAGGGCCCCCAAUCCUUGGGACAUGAUAUUGAAACUAAGCAUUCUGACGGUGAAACGGACACGGAUGUAAUGAAGUCUCAGAAUGAGAAGUUAGCUAGCAACAUGGAAGGUGCAGGUGCUUCUGAAGCUGAAGUAUCCAAGUUGAUCAACAGUGCCAAUGGAGUGGCAUUGCUCCAAGAAGCUGAUUCAAGUGCAUCUUUGGCUAAUCCUACAAGUGCCAGAGUGGUCAACCAUGAAACUGAGAAUGCAUCAAACACGAGUAAUACGGAUAAAGAAUGAGAACACAAGUAGAAAUUUAUAUGUGGUAUUGGGGUUCUUGUUUGGGUCUGCCUUAGAGAUGGUUUACCAAGCUACCUUAUAGUUUUGAGUUUUGAUCUUUCGGGCUUUUUGUUUUGGGUUUUUGCGUUUUAUAUUUUAUACACGAUAUUGUUUUGUUCUUUGGGUUUUGGUUUGAGGUUCGUUGAAGCAUAUGAUAGUCGUGAGUGUCUUCAUUUUUGUUCGAGUGUAAAGUCUGUUUUGAUUGUAAUCAGGGUUUAUGGACCAUUGUUGUGUCCGAAUUGUGCUUGUAGAGUUUUAUAGUAUAAAGAGCAAUAUACAAUGAGUUGUCUUUCUUCA